GAAACUAAGGAUAAAUGGCUCUAUAUUAAAAAUCAUGGUCUCGCAACAUAAAAAAUAUCCAAGUAAAAUUUCCCCCAAUUCGAAAACACAUAGUCUUUGACAUUCAUGUUAAACACACACACACACCUCGAAAUACUUGUUAUGCGAUUCUUUUCAUUGCUGACAUUAGCAGUUUAGCAAUAGAAAAGUAAUCAUGUCGGACAGCAGUCGCCGUUCGACCGCUGCUCAAUUUUUUGAGGAAGAAGAUAAAGAAUCGAUAAAAAUAUCGGUUUAUGAUAAGGUCGUGGAUUUGCUGAAUCAAGCAUCAUUGAUUGCUAAAGAAAAUGAUAAAGUUGGAAUACUAAAACAGGUCCAAGAGCUUAUUAUUAAGAAGGACUCAAAUCUGCUGGACAACUUUUUUGAUGAAAUGAUUGCUUUCCAGACAGGAUCAGUUGAUGUAAAAAAGUUUGUCAUUGGGUUCAUGGAAGAAGCCUGCAAAGUGGACUCAGAUUUGUUGCCAAAAGUGAUGCCCAGCCUUCAGCAUCUUCUUAACGACGAGAACGUCAAUGUGCAGAAAAAAGUCAUUCUGUCCCUACCCAGUGUCUACAGAGUUCUUCUCAUGUGGCUGAGCAUUACCAAAUCUCCAACGCCAGAAAUGACACAGGUGUGGGAGAUAAUGGCCAGUAUGAAGAAACAGCUCUACAAUAUGCUGGACUCAGACAAUGAUGGAAUACGAACACAUUGCGUUAAGUUCACUGAAGGCCUGGUGUUGACAUUGUCUAGAAGAACCGAGGACUCUGAAGUACCGAAGUCCAUCAAGACAGAUGAGGUGAGUCUGGACAGCCUGCCGGACACGAGUCGAUACCUGAAAGUGAGCAAACUGGAGGAAGAGGGCAAGAAGAUGUUUGACGCCUUAUUGCAGUUCAUGGCUUCGCCACACAUAUCCAGUAUCAACUUGAUAACAGUAAUGAGCAGCUUGUGUAAUAUUGCCAAACAGAGGCCUGCAUUCUUCAGUCGUGUCGUUCAGGCUUAUGAAGCCCUUCAUGUGAAUCUUCCUCCGACCCUUGCAAAGUCUCAAGUGAGCAGUGUGCGUAAGAACUUGAAGAUGCAGAUGUUGUCUCUACUCAAGCAUCCCCGCUCUGUGGACUUCCUCACUAACAUCACCACCCUUCUCACUGACCUGGGUGCCACACAGAAUGAGGUGUUGAAGGUGAUGCCCAAGAUGGAGGAAACCAAGAAAAGGAAGCGUGUUGACCCACAGUCCUCUAUCAAAAAGAUCAAAAUUGAUAGGGAUGAUGAUGAUGAUGACAUCGGAAUGACGCCAUGGACAGAUCGGGAGAGCGACCGCAGGCUGCAGAAUGUGAACAUGCGCCAGACAGCCAUUGACAUCACGGCAGAGGAUCUCGUACCACGACUCAAUGCCAGCAACGUGGCUGACCUGGUGCUGAUCAGCAUGGUGAUGUUACCGGACACAAUGCCGGCUCACUUCCAGGCGACGUACACGCCAAUAGCUGCUGCAGGCACUGAAGGCCAGGUGAAGCACAUGUCCCGUCUCCUAGCAACCCAGCUAACCACGGCGGGCAUGGGCAAGGGCAUAGCUGAGGUGCAGAGGGACCAGGCUGCCCAAAAGAACUCGAUGUUUGAUGGGGGAGAGACCCCUGCAUUUCAGGGCACGUCUCCCAAACAGCUGAUCUCAACUGUCGUUGGUGGACACAGUGCAACUUCAAAACUAGAUCUCCUGAACAAGGCAAUGCUGCCACCACCUCCCAUGUUUCCAUCUAAGAGAGGAGUGAAACACUUCAAGUUGUCAGCGGUGACCAACCUAUUGGACCCAGAGCAGGGUGAGGCACUGUCCAUCAUGGCCCUUGAAAGAUUGCUGGAUGCAGAAAAGAAAGCCACCUUGGGCAAUGCACUAGCUGCCAGGACCAAGAUUCUGUCCUGCCUUGUUACCCAGUUUGGAGGUGAAUUUAAGGAAAUUUUGAAGGAGUACAUCUUCACAGACCUGCGUAACCGUGUGGAGCUGGCCUUCACCUGGCUGUAUCAGGAGUACGCAGCCUCCAUGGAUAUGGUCGCUGUGACGACCGACACCAACAAGCACAACAUGACCAGCUACGAUGAGUGUCUCACCCUCAUACUGGAUGGGCUGCUCAAAGUGGCCGACACCAAAGAGGGAAUAUUUCACAAGGUGCUGCUUGAAGCCCCAGCUAUUACCGACAAUGCAUUAUAUAUCCUUAGAAGAUUCUGUCUGGACGAUAAAAGAGUGGAGUCCGGUCUAAAGACUUUGCGGACAUUGAUUAUGACUCGACCUGCUCAUAGGUUACGAUUCCUGGAUGUUCUUCUAGAGUUUACCUCUAGUGACCAAAAUGAGCUGCGAAGCCAAGCUAUAACAUGUACCAAGAAUCUGUAUGAGACACAGCAGGCACACCAUGCUAUCGAGUACUAUGCUGUGCAGAUGUUGAAAUACCUGCUUUUACCAAAGCCCUCACCUGAGCUAUAUGCCAAGCUUCGUGGCAGACAAGUGGCUCCAGACACGUGGAACGAAGAUGCCAUCAAGAUGUCCCUGUAUCUUUAUCUGGGACUCCUGCCUUCCAACCACAAACUCAUACACGAACUAGCAACUGUGUACACUUCAACAAAUGCAGACAUCAAGAGGACAGUUUUACGCAUGUUGGAAGCACCGGUGCGAGGUAUGGGCAUGGACUCCCCAGAGCUGCUGCUGUUUGUGGAGAACUGUCCCAAGGGGGCGGAGACACUGGUUACCAGGGUGAUACACAUCCUCACUGACAAAGCUGCUCCGUCGCCUGAGCUGGUAGAGCGUGUGAGAGAUCUGUACCACAAACGUGUGCCCGAUGUGCGCUUCCUCAUACCUGUACUCAUUGGGCUCAACAAGAAAGAAGUUAUUGCAGCAUUACCUAAGUUAAUCAAACUGAACCCAGUGGUUGUGAAGGAAGUGUUCAACCGACUUCUGGGUGGGCAUGGAGAUGUGGUAUACCAGUCCCCUCUGACUCCUGCAGAGCUCCUGAUUGCUCUGCACAAUCUGGAUGAUAAAGUGGACAUGAAGACUGUUAUUAAAGCCACCAACCUGUGUUUUGGUGAGCGCAAGGUGUACACGCAGGAGGUGCUGGCGCUGGUGAUGCAGCACCUGAUGGAAGCCACCCCGCUGCCCACGCUGUUCAUGAGGACCGUACUGCAGGCACUCUCCAUGUUCCCAAGGCUGCACGGUCUGGUGCUGAACAUCCUACAGAGGCUUAUACUUAAACAGGUAUGGAAGCAGAGGAAGGUGUGGGAGGGGUUCGUGCGGUGCUGUCAGAGGACAAAGCCCAACUCGUUCCAGGUGCUACUACAGCUGCCGGUGGACCAGCUCAAGGACGUGUUCACCAUCUGCCCCGACCUGCGGGAACCACUCCUGGAGCAUGUCAACAAGCUGACUGAGACUCAGCGCUCUCACCUUCCACCUGCUGUGAUCACGGUACUGGAGACAGACCCAAUGAUAGAGAAGAAGGCAGAGGAGGCGCGGCUGGCCACCGAGGAGAGGCUGCGUCGUGAGGCUGAGGAGAUGUUAAAGAUACGCAGAGAGGCCGAGGAAAGGGCCGCCGCACUCAAUGAGAGAAAGGGUGACAAGAGAAGAGAGCGUGGUCGUUCCCGCUCACCUGUGCGUGACAGGAAGUCUCCGGGGCGUGAUAGAAGGUCACCAGGCCGAGACAGGCGUUCAUCCAGCUGGGAUAACCGUUCACCGGGCCGCGACCGACGGUCACCAGGGCGGGACAAGAGGUCACCAGGGCGUGACCCUCGACCCUCUAAGGAGAAUAGGGUCCCUUUGCCGGACCCCAGUGACCCCUCGAGUGUGAAACAAGAACCUGCGGAUCCCUCUGAACCUCCUCGUGAUCGCCGAGACCGUCCUGCGGAGACUCGAGAUAGGCGCGAAUCUCAGAUAGCCGCCAUCAACCCUACUGCAGACGUGACCGUUCUCACGUCAGAUCUGCCAGUGCCGCGGCGUAGGACUAGCGACAUCAAGCGCAACCCGUCUCCUAACCGGCGAAACCCCUCCCCUGGGUCAGAAGGAGUUACAGUUGUGAAAUCAGAACCAGCUGAUAAAGGAUAUGAAAGAAACAAAUGAUAGCGAUGUAGAAUUGAUAUGCAGAAACAAAUCCUAGCGAUGUAGAAUUGAUAUGCAUUGGCAGUCAGUGUAAGUGUCUUGAAUUUCAUUGGAACAACAGCCUGCAGAAGAACAGUCAAGAUUGUUGGAAGCUUAUAUCAUGUGACACGUUUGAAACUUGUAUCAUGUUACAUGGACCUCUUUGUCUGCUGCAGAUUCUGAAUGCUUGCAGGAAUGGACAUGUGUCAUGUAAUAGGAAUCAGAUAUUCACUAAGCUGAAGUUAUAAUGACCAUACACUUUGAUUAACUGCUAUGCAAUUAUGCAUUUCAACUUUUCUAUGGUAAACACAGCUUUUGUUGUUUUUCCUCUCAGUAUUUUGAGGUGAUUACUUGCUUGUAUUAAUUAAAUAAGCUAAAAUGCUUAGAAAUACAAAAUAUGGUACAAGUUUUAUUUGGUGAACAGAAAAUACAAUAAUUGCCAUUUGGUACAUGUUAUUGCUUAAAACUAUAAAAAGAACAAUUCUUUGUUCUAUUAAUAAAACUGUGUAUAUAGUGUUUGACAUUCUUUUUAAUUAUUCUUGGUACCAGUGCUUUUAUUGUUGAAAUGCAUUAUAUACAAUAUCUGUGUUUGUUAAAGGGACUACCGGUAUACAUUGUGUUUACUGUUAUCAUGAUUUCAUUAAUGGAAUGCAUAAGUUAUUGUGCCAGUUUGAGUUAAGAGGUGCAUUACUUUGAUGUAAAAUUAAAUGUUGUUACGCAUGUAGAUGUAUAUCAUCUUUAUAAAAAAACUGAACAUAGUAUUCUUUUGUCUGAGAGUACAAUAAAAUGGUGUGUACUGUU